AUUGAGCGAGACACCUCAGUAGGGGAGAAACGGAAAACGUGGGGUUCCAAGUCGGUGAAAUGAUCGAGCGGAUGCCGAUUACGCUUUACACCAAGAACACCUACCACCACAAUACUAUGUAGACCUACUGUAAGUCUAGCUACCAGGUUUCCUAGAUGUCAAAAACGCCCAGAUCAAAACAAGUCGUCUCGACAGAGCCUCACAACAACCUGUCGCUUUCAUCAACAUUCACACUCCCCCACCUCGAGCCAAUACUACCACCACCACCACCACCACCAAUAUCUUGACAGCAACACCAGUCCAGCUACCAGCAAAAUGCCAACACCACCAACAUACCCUCACCUGCCCUCAAAGCUGAUCCUAACAUCAACAAAAGCAUACUUCUCGCCCUCCCGCACAAUAUCAUACCUAAAAUCCAUCCUCGACCCAUCGAACAACAUCCUCCCAUUACUAGAAUCCCACAAGUCAGAAAUCCUCUUCGUCCUCAUCCCCGACUUCCUCACACUCUACCCAUCUUCCCAGACCUUAACAUCAAAAUAUGAAUCCAAAUGGCCCAUCGCUCUCGGCGCCCAAAACGCACACUCCUCAACCAAUUACGGGCCCUUCACAGGCGAGAUCGUCCCGCCAGCCCUCGCCGAACUCGGAAUAUCCAUCGUCGAACUCAAUCACGCCGAACGCCGGCGCUUACUCCACGAGGACGACAAUACAGCCACCGCCAAAGCAUCUGCUGUAUGUCAACAAGGCAUGAUCCCACUAGUCUGUAUAGGCGAGCUCGACAAACCCAACCUCAAUGGCCCGCUAAGUCAAUCCGUCGGCGUCGCCAUGUCACAACUCACGCCACAAAUCACGACUGUACUCAAAGCUAUUCCCGCUGAUGCACCAGUGAUAUUCGCAUACGAGCCUGUCUGGGCAAUUGGUGCCGCGGAGCCCGCGGGCGUGGACUACGUGGGCCCUGUAGUCCAAGCGAUUCGACAGAUUGCCAAACAGGCCGUGAAGGGGAGAACAGGCGAAGUCAAGGUCGUGUAUGGUGGGAGUGCAGGACCGGGAUUGUGGUCCGGCAAAGCAAAUGGAGGCAACGGUCUGGGAAAAUGGGUUGAUGGGUUGUUCCUAGGGAGAUUCGCGCACGAGAUUUCGGGAGUCAGAGGCGUGGUGGAAGAAGUUGUUGAGAGUCUAGGUCAAUCUCAAUCGUGAUGAAUAUGAAGUCCGGGGUUAUUCUCAAGACAAAUAUUAUGGCCGACCAUGGGACUGGUCUCCCAUCAGCAAGAUAUCCAAAAACGCCAGACAUGAUCUCGUCACUUCGUCAAGUCCCAAUCCAAACAUGUCCGGCUACCCGAACAGUUCCACACGAAGCAAAGCAUCCAAUGUCAAUCACACAACGCUCAACCCUUUAUUUCUCCAGGACUCAUCACAGUCACAACACUGGUA